GGCCGAAGCAAGCCGUCAGAGGACGCCAUGUUUAUAGUGUAGGUGGUGUAGUACAAGGAUACGUGUUAUUCAUUAUUUUCGACUAAAAAAAAGAAAAAAUAAGAAACCGUUACGUUAUUUAUUUACCUCUUUAAGGAUAGUAGAAGAAGUCUUGGGUGUUUACAGGGUGGCUUGAAGUGAACAGUGUGAUAUCACGAAAAAAAUUCGAAUAUUUUCUUUUAUUCGCGCAUUCGAAUGCAUGUCCGACGCGAACGAUCUACGAACUGCGGACAUCGUUCUUUAUGAAUUCUUGUUGCUUCCUUUUAAUUUGUUUACAACUUCUUCACAUUGGUUCGUGAUUAAGCGACAUCCUAAGAACCUGCGUUUUACGCUAGGAGUACAAUUACCUUUUCAGGAAUUGGCUGAGAUCAUUUAUAGGGGCCCUAUGCUUCCUUAAUGCAGGCAUUUCGGGUUUUUAUAACCUGACAACGCGAUCAAAACGUUCGCUUUUUAUCUUCAACAUGUCUUUGUAUCUUUGACAGAACAAUAAGCGGUAAGAAUCAGGAACUCGCUGAUUCUUUUUAUCUCAUAAAUCUUACAAGAAGUAAUACAUCCAAAAUGUGGCCAACCCAACCAGUUCAAUCUAAUACCAACAGUAUGUCCAGUGAAAAGAAUCUUCGUACAUUGGGAAUGACGUCCGCUAUUAGUGUAGCUGAACCGAAGCCUAGUGAUCUUAUUCGAACAAAUGAAUUGAAGGAAGCAUUAAAACCAUAUAAUGUCUUUGAAUCUGAAGAAGAAUUAAAUCAUAGAAUGGAAAUAUUAAGCAAAUUAAAUGCUUUGGUAAAGCAAUGGAUUCGAGAUGAAAGUAUUGCUAGAAAUAUGCCACCUAAUGUUGCAGAUCAAGUUGGCGGAAAAAUAUACACUUUUGGUUCAUAUAGGUUAGGUGUUCAUCACAAAGGUGCUGAUAUUGAUGCCUUAUGUGUUGUCCCAAGGCACAUAAAUAGGUCCGAUUAUUUUUCAUCCUUUUUUGAUUUAUUGAAAAUGCAAGAAGAGGUCACAGAUUUAAGGGCUGUAGAAGAAGCAUUUGUACCCGUUAUAAAAAUGAAUUUUGAUGGCAUUGAAAUUGACAUGUUAUUCGCAAAGUUAGCAUUAAAAGAAAUCCCAGACACUAUGGAUCUCAGGGAUGAUAUGUUAUUAAAAAAUCUUGAUCCGAAAUGCGUGAGAAGUUUAAAUGGAUGUAGAGUGACAGAUGAAAUCUUACGUUUAGUACCUAAUAUAGAAAAUUUCAGAUUGGCACUUAGAGCUAUAAAAUUAUGGGCUAAAAGACACGGAAUAUAUAGUAAUGUAUUAGGAUAUCUUGGUGGUGUGUCUUGGGCAAUGCUAGUUGCUCGUACGUGUCAACUUUAUCCUAAUGCUGUAGCUGCAACUUUAAUAGAAAAAUUUUUUCUUGUAUUCUCUCAAUGGAAGUGGCCACAACCUGUCCUCUUAAAACAACCCGAUACUGUUAAUUUAGGCUUUACUGUAUGGGAUCCAAGAGUACAUAUGUCUGAUAGAUAUCAUUUAAUGCCCAUAAUUACUCCGGCAUACCCACAACAAAAUUCAACAUUCAAUGUCUCCGCGUCAACCAGGACUAUCAUGCAAGAAGCCUUUGAAACUGGCUUAUCUAUAACGGAAGAAAUUAUUAUGGGAAAAGCAACUUGGGACAAAUUGUUCGAACCUCCAAAUUUUUUCUAUAAAUACAAACACUACAUUGUAUUGUUGGCAAGAAGUUUAACACCAGAAGAUCAACUUGAAUGGUCUGGACUGGUCGAAUCCAAAAUACGUCAUCUAAUAGGAACAUUGGAAAGAAAUCCACACAUUACUCUGGCACAUGUUAAUCCUGAAGCUUUCCCACCGUUGGAACCAGAGCCAGAGAGACAAUGUUCAAUGUGGUUCAUCGGUUUGCUCUUCGCGAAGAGUGAAAAUUUAAAUGUUGACCUGACACUUGACAUAAAAUCAUUCGUAGAGGCAAUCGAAAGGCAAGCUGAAUUAAUAAAAAUGCUGAAGGAAGGCAUGUGGAUAGAAGCGAAGCAUGUCAAAAGGAGAGACUUGAACACAUACGUCUCUCCUUCAUUAUUAAAGAGAGAAAGAAAGGUGUCCGGUGGUGUUCACCGAAAUGGAAACAUCGCGGGCAACGGAAACAAUGGUGGCGUUUCCCCAAGAAACCAAGGAGACCAGGUCACCAGUAGAAAGAGACCAUCGGAUCAAAGUCUCGAAACGUUUUCAAAAAAACGAAAAGUUAAUGAAAACGACCAACAAGUAACUCAGGGGGAAGACGGGUCAUUAGUGGUUCAAUCAUGCGGAGACGAUAGCAACUCUGGGUUUAGCUUGGAAGAAUACAAACAGACUCUAACAACUGCUAAGGACGUAAGACAUUGUACAUAUAAUGAACAAUAGACAUCAUAAAACAGGAUUAGGAAGGGCCUAUUAACGCAUCUACAGUGGCGCAAGAAGGAUAUGUAUGUACUUGACCACUAAAAAGUUACUACCUCACACCGAUCCACAGAUAUUCUUCUGGGCCAUCUAGACUGUAAGCACUUUUCACGCAAAACCAUCCACUGUUCACAAUAAGUGUCCCACGUUACAUAAAGCAAAGCAACAUUAUACAUUGAAGAAAGAAAAAACAGAAAGAAAUAAAGAAAGACAGACAGACCAGACAUACAACCAGGAUUAGCUACCCGUUGGAAUCGAUCGAUAAGCGAUUAUAUGUGAAAAACGCGCUAUAAUCUUAGUGUUUAUAGAAUUAUCGUCACGAGUCAAUGGGAGCAAUUAGGAACGAAAAAAGCCCGUACGAUUAUGCCAGUGUCAGUGUUUUCACUCGAUCGCUAAACAUAACGAUUUUGAUUUAAUGACUAAGUGAAAAUUUUAUCGCUGCCCUUCGGACUAAUAUUUUUAUUUUUUUAUUCCAUUUUGUACAUAUCUCUUAAGGUAUAUCUCUUGGCCGCAUAAAAAAGACAGUUCAAAGUCUAAGGAAAUGCAUUAAAGUAGAAGAAAAAUAGCAAUAUUACUUAUGCAAAGAGAAGUAUAUUCUUGUACACAAUACAUUUCUUUAGCUCAUAGAUUUAUAAGUACUCGUCUUUUUUCUGCUAUUUCUUAAAACGUGCCAAGCUUAUAAUUUAGCUUCAAAAAAAUAAAAAAAAAAAAAAAGAAAUAGAUAAAGAAAUAAAAGAAAUAAAUAAGAAAAAAAAAGCAAAAAAUAAAAAGAAAAAAUAUCUCUCUUGUAAAUAGUCAAAUAACGUCCUAUGAAAAGAAAAUUUAUAUUUCUAAAGUUGACAUUACAAAUAAUGUCUUAGCUUUCCUUUGUUGUUGUAACAAAGCUAUAACAUUAUUCGUGUCGCGUUUCAACUUUAGAAAUAUAAUGACACGAUGUUCUUUUCUUAAUUUAGUAUAAUUUGUAUAGAUAUUGCAGUGUAAGUUAAGAUCAAAUAUUAUUUUAUGUAAGCGCAGGUUUUUUCCCCCCUUUUGUGUUUCUUUAUUUUCUAUGUAAUAUGGUCUCUACGAUGAAAUCGUCAUGCUGUGAUCAGAAAUCAUUGGCAUUGGCAUAAUACAUCCAUGUUUCAUUUACAGGAACUAUAAGUAUAAUAUUAUGUGAGCGAACUUCGUACGGUUCUGUAAAUGAAACAUCUUAAGUAGACCAUUGACUAUUUUGCUAAAUAUUCUGUUGCGCAAAUAAAUUUCAUAUAAAAUCGCUUUUUAGUCUUUAUUCCCAAAAAUGAACGUACAGCUCUAACUGUAAAAUAAGGCAUCUGUAUAAUUCACAUCACUUAUCAUUGAUAGGUUUUUUGUCAGAUGUUAAAACUGCCUUCAGUCCUUAGUUAUUUAUAGUUACAACCAUUAGUUCCAAUCCUCUCCAACCAUACACUUUCAUUCCUUGAAAUCUGUGUUAAAGACAUGUCAAUAAUUAAACGUCUCGAAAUAUUUAAUGUUUUAGUACUUUCACGAUUAGUAUGAAUGUAAAGAAGAAAAAAGAAAGAAAAAAAAACAAUAGAACAUUUUACAGUACUCUAUCGCGUUGUACUGUAAAGCGCAAAAAAAGAAAGAGCUCACCCCCUAUCAUUUUUCGAUUUCACACACACACACAUAUAUUUAUAUAUUUAUAUAUUUAUAUAUUUAUAUAUAUAUUUCUUUUCCUCACAGUUAUAAAUAUGUAACUAUGCAUCACAUAAUAUUUCUUUAUUCAUUUUCCUUUUUCUUUUCUUUUUUCUUUUCUUUUUUCUUUUCUUUCUUAUUUCAACAUACUUCUACAAAUUAAGAAUUGAUCCUUUUUAUUUUUGCUCGACGACUAUUCUAAUUAUAAAAAGAGCCUAAAAGAGAAUCUAUUCAAAGAAAAAAUAGAAUGAGAUUAUGCUAUUUAUAUUACGAUAAAUUUUGUUUUAUAAUUUCGUAGAAAUUAUACAAUUUUAAUUAUAUUUUCAUUAUCGUCAUUAAGAUUUAUUCUAACAAUUGUUUGUAAAACAACAGAAACUUCGUGUACAUACAUCUCGUCUUCGUGAAAAAAAAUGUUAACGAAGUUCGUAGUUCACUUGUAUUAUAUUUUUAUUUUAUUUCUUUUUUAUUAUUUACUUUUCUUUUUCUUUCUUUUUCUUUUUUUUUUUCUUUUUUUCUUUUUUUCUUUUUGAGACAUCGUUCGAUAACGUAACUUAAAAAUUUCUUUUCUUUCCAUUUAUUCUUUUAUAUUCUUGUUUCUUCGCUUUACUUCGUGACGUUAUUAUUACAUUGUAAAAUAAAUGGAACGUAAAAUAGACAUGUCUGUAUCACAUCUUCAAACCAUCCAUCCUUUCGUCUAUAUCAAUUCCCUUACAGAAAAUGUCGUCUAUUUGCCAAGAUUACGACGACAAGGCUUUCGAUUUAUUUAAUUAGUGAAGAAGCGUUGUACUCUUACACCACUACCAUUCAGCAUUACCGUAUCACCAUAUUCUCAUCCUUCUUUUCGACGAGGCUCCUUCCUCCAUCUCUUCUAUAAAAAAGAAAAAAAGCGAAAAAAGUGCUGAAGAUGAAUCUAAGUUUUCUCUUUUUUUUCAGUGUACGAAACAUACAAAACAAAAUUAAAUGAAUUUUUUGCGAGACAUUAUCACAUAUGUAGCAGCCGACACAUACAGCACGAUCUCGUGUCUCGCCUAGAUUGCGUCGGACAUAGUCCUUGUAUUUAUAAAUCUAACUAUUACACACACAAAUGCAGACAUACAUACAUACAUACAUACAUACAUACAUACAUACAUACAUACAUACAUACAUACAUACAUACAUACAUACAUACAUACAUACAUACAUACAUACAUACAUACAUACAUACAUACAUACAUACAUACAUACAUACAUACAUACAUACAUACAUACAUACAUACAUACAUACGUACAUACAUACAUACAUACAUAUAUACACGUAUGAUAUUACAGUACAUAACACAAACUAUACGAUUAAACUCGAUAUGUGUAUUACGUACAGGUAUAUAUAUAUAUAUAUAUAUAUAUAUAUAUAUAUAUGUAUAUGUACAUACAUAUAUAUAUACAUAUAUACAUAUAUAUACAUAUAUACAUAUAUACAUAUAUAUAUACUUAUAUACAUAUAUAUAUACACACACACACACAUAUAUAUAUAUGUAUAUAUACACAUAUGGACAUGGAGAGACAUACAAAUUAAUAAUAAUGCAUAUACAUAAAAUACAUGGCGAACAACACACAGAGGACAUACACAAAGUUUGCGGUGAUUAAAAAUACGAUUUUACGUGUGUAUGUGUGUGAGAGAGGGAGAGGGAGGGAGGGAGGGGAGAGAGAGAGAGAGAGAGAGAGAGAGAGAGAGAGAGAGAGAGAGAGAAUAAAGUAUGAGUGAAAUUUUUGCGAAUGCGUGCAUCUAGAUUUGUUGUGCGUAUCACACAUUCGCACAAACUCACGAAACUAUGAAUGAAUAAAAUCAUAAGAACAAAAUAAUUUAAUCGAUUCGAUAUCGUGAUGUUAAACAUUUGUAAAUCGUUUGUAUCGUGUACGAUGCGCUAGAUAAAUCCUUUGCACGAUUUCUUUUCUACGAAAGAUUUAUACGAUAUUAUUGUGAUACAUAUUUAGCAUGCGAAAGACGGCGAAAUGACAAGUGAGAGAGAUAAUGCUUGCGUGUGUGCGUGUAUGCGCGUGUGGGUGUGUGGGUGUGUGUGUGUGUGAGAGAGAAAGAGAG